AUGAUAUUAGAUGGUGGUGGUAGUGGUGGUUCUUUGACUAAUAUGGUUCCUGAUUUUAACCCUUCUACAUUUCGUGAAUUAUUAGCUAUAGCUAUUGUGAGGCAUGAUUUGCCAUUUCAGUUUGUAGAAUAUGAGGGCAUCAAACGAUGUUUCACUUAUUUAAAUCAUGAAGUGAAUCUUGUUAAAAGGAAUACAAUCAAAUCUGAUAUCAAAAAUAUGUUUGGGAUUGAAAAGUUAAAAAUAAAAGAUUUGUUGAGUUGUACCCCAGAAAAAAUGGAAUCCCAACUUAAGGAGAUUUGUGGUGCUAUCAUGAUGGAGAAGAUGGACGAUGAACAAGAAAAUCAUACCGGAAAUGGAAGUGGAGUUGGUGAAAGUGAAAGUCAAGUUGCUUAG